CACACAUCGCCAAGAAGCGUUCGCCGGGGGCGUUUUUUUCCAUUGGAAAUCCGCGACACUGCACGACCCACGGGAGAACGACGAUGGGGGCUUCUGCUGUCACUGGUUCUCAGUACUUGCGGUAGGACUCCGAUAGGAGUACGUGGGACGGGAUGGGAUCGUUUCAACCAGCCCUCAUGGGCACAGCGUCGUCCGCACAUGUUACGGAAGUAUUGAUGGGAGUUCAGAGUGGACAAGUAUAGGAGCAGAGGCAGCCGUGAGAACUCUGCAUCUUAUAAAAGCCCAAGACAGAGUGGGAAGACCGCCACCUCAUUCGUCUCUCGCCACUCCCUCAUAAACAACGGAAGUUCCUACAUUUGGAGCAACGCUGCAUCUCCCUCAAGUGUAAAACCCACCCAAGUCACAACCUUUCAACCAUGCUCGCCCUGAAAUCCGUCCUGCCGUUCGCGCUCCUCGCCCUCGCCUCCUUCACCUACGCACAAGACAUCAACGCCAUCCGAUGCCAGAACGGUCAAGCCGCCCAAGCCGCUGACCAGGCCAAAGCCAGCAUCAGCGCCUCCUCUGCCUGCAACACGGGCGACGUCGCGUGUGUCGGCGACAAAUUUGGCCAAUGCGUGGGAAGCAAGUUUGUCACGACUGCGUGUGCAGGCGGACUCAAAUGCCAAGUUCUGCCUCUCGUGAACAAAGCGGGAACCUCCGUUGCGUGUACGUCCGAUACCGACAAGAGUGCUCGUAUCUCCGCUUCCCUCGCGAGCUGCAAUGGCAAUGCCGGCGGUAAACAAGCUGCCGGCCAGGGUAAACAGCCAACGAAAGCCCCUGCCAAGCCUGCUGCCGCGCCAGCUCCCGCCCCUGCUGCGGGAGGUGCCGCUUCUGGACCCAAUGGCGCCGGCAACAAGAAGGCUACGCAGUUCAUCACCGGUCCUUGCUCGUCGGACGCCGAUUGCGCAUCGGGAUGCUGUGGAUUCAGGACGGGCAAGUGCGCGGGUCCGGUCAUUGCCCAAGAACGCGACGGUGGUUGUGGGUUCGGUGAUGCUCAGCCCAAUGACAGAGCCGCCCGCAUCUUCCGCGGCCAAUCUCCCGCUCCUGCGCCGGCGGCCCCAGCGGCCCCGGCCCCCGCCAAACCCCAAAAGCAAGCACCACCGCCACAACAGGCGCCUGCCACAGGUGGGGCCGUGACGAAGAAGGGCACCCAAUUCAUCACCGGCAAAUGCGCCUCGGACUCCGACUGUGCCUCCCAAUGCUGCGGGUUCAAGUCCGGUAAGUGCGCUGGCCCCGUCAUCGCGCAGGAACGUGAUGGCGGGUGCGGGUUUGGAGACGCUCAACCCAACGACCGCGCUGCCCGUAUCUUCCGUGGCCAAGCUUAAGUUCUCCGACGACAGGGACAUGAAGUUUUAGAACAUCUGUACAUACCUGAUACAUAGCCGCAUUUGUAGAGUUUCCCCCACACCGAAGCGGUUUUCUUUCUUGAAGAGAGGCUUCUCCGUGUAUAUAUAUCAUCGCUGCUCCUGUAGAUAAUACAAUUUUCAU